AUGGAAGGAAAGAGAAUUGAUGUUGCUCAAAUCAUUGCUAAUGAAAUGAGAAAUGUUGCAGAAAUUGGUAAGGAGUUUGGGGCAGGAACCAAAACCACUUGUCCUCUUGUGUUUCGCGAUCUCAUCAUAGGAUUACUCAUUGCUUCACGUGUGCGAAUUCCAAAUGUGGUACACUUUAAGAUCAAAACCAAGCCAGAUUUGCAUCGCGAUACAGCCCACCAAAUGAUGACUCCGGAGGUGUUUCAAAGCCACAUUGCAUGGCCUAGGGACACGGCAUUCAACCAGAGGAAGGUAGCUGGUCAUGGAGACGAAAAUGAAGAAGAAGAGGAGGCUGAACCAGAUAAUGAAGAAGGAACUUCUGGUGGUUCUAAAAUGGAAUCUGAAGCCAGUGAUGAUGAAAAUAUGAGAGAAGAAUAA